GCACCGGAAAUCCGAAAAGGAAAAACAGACGGGAUAACGAUACCGGGUCGAAUCCGCUACCGAAUCUAAUCAAGGAAUGAUAAUUAUCAUAAGAGCUCAUUAGUUUGGGGAAUGCUGCAGAAGUGACUAUCCACGAAUGCGCCUUUGUACUUAACUACAGCCGAUAUGGACAAAGAGCUAGAGUUACAAUAUCGUGUACAUGCAGCACUCGACGUUGUUGAAGAAAAGUGCCAACCACUGAGUAAGGGCACACCAGAAUCGAAGGAACUCUACUUAGGCAUGCUGUACUCCACAGAGACUCACAAAAUAUAUGGGUUUGUAACAAAUACAAAAAUUAAGUUCAUCAUUGUCGUGGACUCUGGAAAUAUAGCAUUGCGGGAGAAUGAAGUGCGGGCGAUGUUUCGAAAUUUGCAUAUGCUAUACACGGAUGCGAUUUGUAAUCCUUUUUAUGCGCCGGGCGAGCCACUGACAUCCAAAAAAUUUGAUCGGGCCGUGCAGAAAAUUAUGGGAGGCAAUGCCUAGAAAACUCUUUAGUUUAUUUACUGUACAUCAUAGGAGGUGGGCCACUCCUCAGCAUAAGUGUAUGGUGGAAGUUCUGCGAGGAAUUUCUUCGUUUCGGCAUCACGUUCCCAUUCACCACUCACGAAGUGCCCUGAAAUACCCAGCUGCAUAAGGGGUUCAUCAAAGUCACUGUCAUCUUUCUGAAAUUUUGAAAAUUAUACCUAAAUUAAUUUUUAAUGCAUUUAAAAAUUUCUUAUUUACCUUCAAAUCAAUGUAAAAACUUAAUGGGGUAUUUUCCUUGCCAUACGAGAAAUAGAUGUGAUAAGGUG